UGUUAGAUCUGAUUGGGUCCAAUCAAGCAGUUCUGCUCCAGCUGCUGAAUCAACAGCCUGCAGGCCUCAGAUUCCCUGUCCUCAUCGGAGAGGAAGAAACCCUCUGAAACAGAUUCAAGUAUGACUUUCCAGCUGAAAAUCAAUGCGCGAUUCUUUGACCUGCACUGCUCUGUGGGUCUGACGGACUGGGACAUGGAAAAAGAGCUGAAACUGGCUACUACCACUGACCAAAUUUAUCAUGAUGACAAACUGAAUGACCAAUAUGUGGCUCAAAGACCUUCUGCAAGGGCCUCGAAAAGAAAAGAUGAAUUCAUUUGGUACGAUAAAACAUCAGAUACAUUUGUUAAACCAAACCUGUGGCUUUUGGUGAAUCCCAGCAUUGCCUGUUCAAUCCAACAUACCCAGAAUGAUGCUGAGCUGCAGCCUAAAACUACACAUGUUAACCAGUUGCCUCAGUUGGAGCCUGGGGAGAUGCAGGGUCCAUCUACAUCAGAUUUACCAAUAUGUCCCCAUCAGGAGGGACGGUUGCUUUCCGUUUCCUCCUCAGCUAAAUAUAUGAUGAAGAAAGAAGAAGGCCCCAGUCGACCAGCCAGGACCAGACGCAAGGGGAGGAUCACAAAAGUUGUGGACCUGAAGUCCCUGAAGCCAGGAUGCUGGCCUCGUCCACCAGUGAAUUAUUGCAUUCUCAUUGCUCUGGCUCUCAAGAGCAGCCAAACCGGGAGCCUCAAAGUCCAGCAGAUUUACAAUUUUACCAGAGAACACUUCCCCUUCUUUCAGACAGCUCCGGACGGCUGGAAAAACACAAUCCGCCACAAUUUGUGCUUCAGCAGCAGCUUCCGUAAAACCUGCAACCAGUUUUGCAAAGAGGGAAAGAGGAAGUCCUGUUUCUGGCACCUGACUCUAGACGGCCAUUGCCGGCUACAGGACGAGCUUCACAUGUUGACCGGUGAAACUCUGAAGAUGCUCGAGAGGAGCAUGUCCAACCCAGAUGUAAUAUGGAGGUUACUUGAAAUGUGAUUGCUGCUAUAAAAGGUUUCAAAGCAUUUAAAUUGAUUCAUAAUAAAAUAUGCAGAGGUAUGGUUCAGUUGAGCUGAAUGUCAUCUUUAAA